AUGUCGCCAUGCUGGCCGCUUAGGGGGCAGAUCAUCCCAGAGGAUGUUUCACGUUGGAGUAAUAUAGCGUCGCGAUGUCGCAUGCUUAGCCCGCAACUUGGAAACCUGACGUCUCAUUUUCUCCAUGUAAAAGUUGCAUGUAUUGAAGAUUCGAUAGCUCGAUCUUCAUCUUUAAUAUCACUAAUUUGUACUUCCGAAAGGCGUAAAGCUCCUUAUCCUUUCGUCACCUAUCUCCCCAUUGUGUCUAUAAUCGAGGCUAUGGCGCCCAGUAACGCACCAUACUCAGACAGUCGUCAAAAGCGCGAACCGAUCAAUGACUCCAUGACCGAUAUCAGCGUAUCGCUUCUAAACGAUGAUGAGGAGCAGUGGAAGCGGGCAGAUAUUGAGGAUGGGCAAUACACAACACGGCAAGGGCGAUGCGCAAAGAGAUGCGAGACCUUUCGGCGCUGGCGCUGGCUGUUCGAUACGUCACUUCUGCUCGUGAUUGUUGGCCUGCUCGUCGAAAGACGAUAUCUUCAAGCUCCGAGCCGCGACAAACGCCUUGAGCCAACUGGCGACCUGACCGGCUUCGCACCCGAAUUCACACAGCAGAUAACGACCUUUCACCCGACAACGGACUUCGUCCCCGAUGACCCGAAGAAGCUGUUCACCAACGCAUCGAUCCAAGCGAACUGGCUCGCCAUAGUGCCCAAGGGUCUAGGAUACCUCGAGGUCAAGAACCCGGCAGCGCUCAACAACCUCCCCGUGCCUCUCCCCGAGUUCGCCCCUCGCACCGUCUUCACGACCUCGAUGACACACCAGCUGCACUGUCUGUACGCCAUCCUCGAGAGCUACGCGGGCCUCUCCGUGAACGGCAGCGCCAAUGUCGACAUGCACUCCCACAUCCCCGAAGGUACCGAGGGAGCGGAUGGGCCAUGGCAUCUUCAACAUUGUUUCGAAUACCUACGUCAAGCUAUCCUUUGCUCGGGAGACGUUGCGCUCGAGGGCACACAGACGACAUUUCCCCCUGGGUUCACGGGUAGCGACGGAUGGGAUGCAAAGCACGUUUGCAAAGACCCGAAGCAGGUAUAUGAUUACCUCGACAAGAACCGGGCCUUGGACGACCAUUGGAUUUGA